ACAUCAUAGCCGGUCGGUCGGUCGGCGUGUCCGCAUCGUCUUUGGAUGUGAGGGGGAUUCGUCGUGUCGUUUUUAUUUACACCAUGGAGACGUUCGCAACGCUCGUGCUCGUGGUGUGUUUUACAAUCGUGUGGAACGGCCAAGUCGUAUCGGGGGGUAGUUGUCGCGAAGCGAAACUGUGCUGUCCUGGACGGGACUCUUCAUGUGUGGUGCAGAAAGCCCCCUUGAAUGCCAUCAUCGAAGAUCUCUCAGAUAAGCCCUGCUAUUGCGAUCAUGCAUGCUUGAAGUUGGGAGAUUGUUGUCCGGAUUUCAAAGAGGCUUGCGGAGUGGUGGAUUGCCAAGUGACGUCAUGGGGCCCUUGGUCCCCUUGCGACGCCGACUGCGGUCCCGGUUCCAUGUCUCGCACUCGAUCGAUCAAAAUCCAGCCCCAGAACGGCGGCCGUCACUGUCCUAGUCUCGAGCAAAGAAGAGGCUGUCAAGUAUCGACAUGUCAUCACCAUCCCGAUCCGGCCAUCAAAGAAAUCGCAAUGCUACUACCUGGAUCUCUAUCGCACAGUCGUACAGCGAAUGCUACCAGCGACAUAAGGAAGAACUUACGAUUGAGAGACCCGGAAGCGUAUCCUCAAUACGAUCCUGAAAAAACAUAUUGCGUCGAAUUCCAGAUCAUCAAAGCGUCGAAGGCUUGCAGGAAAGAGCCCAACUACAACGCCCUGAAAGAAGGUGAGAGGGUGUGCGUCCGCUGCGAGUCUGAAGCUCUUCACCAGAACUUGGGUUGGCGAUGUCAAGGGCACGGUGUCGAGGGCCGUACUACCCGUUUUUCGGCCCUUUCGGCGCCCCACUGUCAUGGCAAAUGGUUGCGGGCCCAUGCCGAGCCCGACCGGUCCUGCACGGCGAAAAACUGCAAAGCCGAACAUGCCUUCAUUUUCGUUUGAGCGAUGGUCACCUCAUUUCAGUCAUUAUUUUCCCCCCAUGGUGACUGCGUAGAAAUAAUCAAAAAUUUGGAAAAUACAACAAUUUAGAAAAAUGUGUGUCGAUGGCUGACCAAUAAAUAUAAUGUAUUUAAAGGAUUUAUAAUGUAUUGUCGAGGUUUUUUCUUACUAAACGUGUUUUUUUUGUAGGGACAGUAGGUUAUUCUACUUAAUAUUUGUUACUCGUAGCACUAAAUAUUUUUACUAACCGAUUGUACAUAACGAUGCAAUGAAGACCCAUUUUGUAGGAUUUUAAGACCUAUAUUUUGUCAGACAUAUCAAAGAAUUGGAUAUCAUGUCAUUGUUGAAAACAAUAAAGUCAUUAUAAAACAUUUAA